AUGAAGUGCGAGGCAGUGGUGGCUGAGGCUUGCCAUCGCCUGUCCCUGCUCCUGCCCAAGCCAGGGACGUCUCCGGAUGAUGACUGCAAAGAGACAGGCGUGGACAAGUGGUCUGCCUUCUAUGAGUGGAUCGAACCCACUUUCUCCAUGCUGAAGAGGUCCAAGCCAUACUGGCCUGUGAGAAGCGAGCCACGUGCGCCAGGUGCCUUCAUUCCGUCAGGUGGGAACAAGCACGUGCCAACAGGCGUGGCGGCCAGCUGCAGCGCUCUCUACGGUGCUGCAGUCACGCCUGGACCUGCUGAGUGCCAGGCACUACAUGCUGUGCACCUGCAGCUCGUCAGGCUCUGUCCUGUGCUGGCAGCAGUGUGGGCCGAUAUGAAGGCUGUCGUUCUGCCCGCCAUGCCUUGGCUCGGUGCUGAAGUGGCUGCGCAGUUACAUCUGCAGUUCGAGACUGCAGUGGACGUGGUUAAGGAAGCUGGCUGGGCAAUCGGAGACCUUGCGGCAGCCAUCCCUGCGAAGGACCUAUGCGCGGGUGCCAUCGUCAGGACAGGAAUUUUGCGAGGAGGAGCGGCGCCUGGCGCGCCGCGGCUGCACUUCCCGACAGCCCAGCAGUUGGUGCACAGGCUGUUGCCGUUUCUGAAGGAUCCUGCCGCAGCGUUGAGCGUCCUUACCGAGGAAACGCAAAGGUUCAGGCGUCGCGCCGCGCUGCAAGAAUCCGCCCAAGUAGCGCUGGACAAUGAGAUCGGCGCCCUGGGCGGCAUCUCAGCGGCCGGUGCGGAGUUUACGUCCGCCGUUGCGCGGGAGUGCUGUGCCGCGGCGCCCGCGGCAGAACCCACGCUGGACGGCCAUGGGUUAGCGCCCUUCUUUGAGGAGGUGUGCGGCCUGCUGGAUCAGUUGGAAGCGUCGCCGUCGGAGCCGCUCCUGCUGGCCCUGACGGAGAGGCUGCGGUCCGGCAGGCGCCACCUGGGCGCCGCGGGCCGGCUGCUUGAUGCGAGGGACGCCGCCGCGAGGAGCGUCCAGGGCGCCUUGACGGAUUGUCUCGGAAGACUGAAGGGCCGCUACAACGCCGCCGUCCGACACGCCCUCCAGUCCGCAACCAGCCACGGACCCACCCCACCCGCUGCCGCUGCCUCCGUCCCCCAACGGCCGCCCUCAUGA